AUGGCAGAGACGUCGCAGUUUCGCUUCAAACAACAGCACCCGAAUAACCCAUCUAAGAAUCCAAGUCUUGCUAAGGGACAAUGGGAAGAGCUAAAGUCGAUGAUCUCAGACCUCCUUCACCGGGGAGUCUCCAUCUCAGAGAUUCUACGACAACUCGACUCCAAUCACGUUCACGUCACACGGAGUCAGCUCACUACCCAGAUGAACAAAUGGGGAUUCAUCAACGACAAGAAGAAGCUUCAUCAGGGCGACAGGCCCAUCUCCAAUCAAGACUCCACUCAAGUGCACGUUACGGACUCGGAUACAGAGGCUCCGACUGUCUACAUCGAAGCGUUCAUCAACAGCACCUUGCCACAACUAAAAUCGCUCGAGCUCGAGACGCAUGCAUUCGAUCAGCCCGAGUCUGCCAAGCGACCCCAAGAACCUGAUACAAAUCCAGAAAAUUCCAUGAAUCAAACAAACUCGGACAUUGCUACGCACGAGCCAGACAUUCCUGGACUUGUCCGCUGGCUAAUGGCGGACCAGCAAUCUCAGAGCCCCUCAGAGCAUUCGACCAUUACCAGCAGAAUAUCCGUAGAAAAGCCCAGACAUCUGACUUUGCAUCUAGAGUGA